AUGUCGUUAUCACUACUCAAGUCGUCGCAAAGGUCUCUCUCACGAUCAAGCCCUCUACGAGCAGCAUGCCUCAGGCAAACUCGUCUGGCUAGCUCCAACCCUAAAUCCGCCUCUUCUCCGACAGAUGCACAAAGCACACAAAAGCAGUCAACACCGACAUCUCAAUCUGAGCAGCCCAAAAAGCACAAGACUCUGGCCGAAUUGGACGAGGAGCUUCGUCAGAAAAUGGCCGGCCACUCUGGUGACGGUGGUGAUGCUGGUAUUGAGUAUGAAGAUGGCCAACCCGUCUCCAUGAAGCGCUCCGUCAAGAAUAACAUGUUCCGUUACAUUUAA